UGCCUAUCUCGUACCACGCACCAAAUCCUCACGAGGAUACUUCUCUUUUCUUCCAUCUCCACCGCCGGAUAGAACGAGGCGCCGAGGGUUUCGUCGAGUGUUCGCGCCGCAGGACCGCUCCACGAUCUGCAUCUCUCGCCAUGGCUUCCGGAAAUCAAGACAACAAAUCUAGUUCAGUUGAAAACAAAAGCUCGGCAUCUGAUGCAUCACCUACCAAUUCCAACCAGCCUCGGAGGACCAAUUCAACCCCAGCUACUGGGUUUCCAAUGAACCCUUUUGAUUUUUCUGCUAUGCAAAACCUGCUUAAUGACCCUACAAUUAAAGACAUGGCUGAACAAAUUGCAAAAGAUCCUGUAUUUAACCAAAUGGCUGAGCAACUUCAAAAGAGUGUCCACAGUACAGGACAGGAUAGUGUUCCUCCAUUGGAUCCUCAGCAAUAUGUUUCAACCAUGCAACAAGUCAUGGAAAAUCCACAGUUUAUGAAAAUGGCUGAACAACUUGGAAAUGCUAUUAUGCAGGAUCCUGGCAUGUCUUCAAUGCUUGAAAAUUUGACAAAUCCUGCUCAGAAAGAGCAGAUUGAGGAACGAAUGGCUCGCAUGAAGGAUGAUCCGUCAUUGAAGGGAGUUCUUGAAGAGAUAGAAACAGGAGGCCCUUCUGCUAUGAUGAAAUACUGGAAUGAUUCUGAUGUUCUUCAAAAGCUUGGUCAAGCUAUGGGAGUUGGGCCUUCAGGUGAUGGUACUUCCACUACUGAUCUUUCAGCAACUGAAGAAGCAGAAGAGGAAGGUGGAUAUGAAGAUGAAUCUAUCGUUCAUCAAACUGCUAGUGUCGGUGAUGUUGAGGGUUUGAAGAAGGCCUUGGAUGCUGGGGCAGACAAAGAUGAAGAGGAUUCGGAGGGAAGAAGAGCUUUGCAUUUUGCUUGUGGUUAUGGUGAGGUGCAGUGCGCUAAGAUCCUCCUUGAAGCUGGUGCUACAGUGAAUGCACUGGACAAGAACAAGAAUACUCCCCUCCACUAUGCUGCUGGCUACGGGCGCAAGGAAUGUGUUGCAUUGCUUUUGGAGCAUGGCGCGGCUGUCACCCUGCAGAAUUUGGAUGGGAAGACUCCAAUUGACGUUGCCAAGCUGAACAAUCAAGAUGAAGUUCUUAAGUUGCUCGAACAAGAUGUCUUCCUGUAAACAUUACUCAUUCAUCUGCUACUGGCUGGGGGAGUGACAGCUGCUGUGGAAAGCAGCUCCGCUGGUCUUUACCUUUUCGCAGCUUGUUUGCUAUGUUCUUUCUUGUUAUCUAUUUGCAGUUUUUUCAAUAGACUUGGCACAUUCCAGUUCCAUCUCUGAGAUUGAAUCUUUCUGCUACGGGGCGUGCAAAUCAAUCUCAAUCAGUUAUGAUAUCUCAGCAUAGCUAUGUAUCAGAAUCAUUCGUUCCAAAAGCGUGCACAAUGAUAAAAGUUUACUUGUUAUUUAGGAUCUGCGACUGGCUACUUUACAUCUAUGUAUGAUUCUGAUUGAACAGUGAAACUUGCAGGUUUGUUAUUGUUUUGAUUAA